AGGGAUCGAAGUUGACGUGUCGCUCGACUCCGUCGCUGAAGAAGACAAGCCCCCGAAAUCUCAUCCUCUGUUUCACUUCACCUCUCUCUCUCUCUCUCUCUCUCUCCGUGUCGCCGACAAUGUCGAGGCUCGCAUGGCUUCUGCCGCUCUCCCUCCUCCUCCUCGUUUCGGUCUCCGCCGCCGCCGACGUCCAGAUAAAAGUUACCAAUAACCCUGCGGAUGAGUUGGUGGCUGUAGUUAACAGCAAUAGAACUGCAAGCAAAGGAUCUUCCCUCUAUGACAACCCUGGGCUAGCGUGCAUUGCUCUGCAGUACAUAAAGGCAUACCAAGGUGAUUGCGGUGCCGUAGGAGGCGCCAAAGCUAUGAAACCUUCCGAUGCUGACUUCGCCGAGACUUUUGCCCCCAAUUGUGGUGUUCAGACCUCGACGCUUUCCCCUAUCACUGGUCGUUUACUUGGGUGCCAGACUAAGUAUGUGUCUCCUUCCGAAGCAUUCUCGGAAAUCUUGAUGCAGAAAGAAAAGAGCAUAGAAAUUCUCACUGACAAAAACCAUACUGAAGUGGGAGCUGCAGUCAGUGGCAGUGAUGGUGGAUCUCCUUACUUCUGGUGCGUCUUCUUCAGCAAUGGCACAUCCAACGGUAGCUUUGUUUUAGAUGGGGGUGUGGCCAAGAUUACUAAACCCGGAUGCUUUAGCGGCGCCAAUGACGACUGCAGUAGCGCAUAUCCUUCUCAAGUUCAUCACCUAUGGCCAUUUGUUGCCUCGGGUUUGGUUGCACUAUGGUAUGUCUUUGCCCUAUGAUCAAGUCUCUAAGGCUGUUCACCAUUUAAUUUUUUGGCUCUCUGUAUUUGUCUAGUCAAUUCCUUUGCCACUGUAAUUUGUUUUCUGUAUCUUGGUCAUUUUGCCCCCCGCAAUAUACAGUCCGUGAAGUAAGCUCUUUAUUUUUGUACUUAAUUCACGUUGAAGAGUUCGUCGUUACGCGAUCUACUCACAUGGAAUACACUAUUCGGAGUGCUUUUUCA